AUGUAUUGGCCCAUAGGAACCCCCAGAAUUUUCGCAACGAGCAGCAGGUCUGGUCCUUCGUUCAACCUUGUCGUCUCCCACGAUGGCCUCCCCAAUCCCUUCGACAAUCGACCAACCGACGAGUCCUCUUCGUAUCUCAAUGCGCAGUCGCAACACUCCCAACAACACGACGAUAUAGAGCUCGCUACUCCCCUGACACCCGUAACGCCUGCCAUCCAAUCCGUUGACCACGAUGAUGCCCACAGUCCGGAAACAACUCGGCCGUCACCUCGGCCCACCGCCAACAUUCCUCUAAAAGAUCCGGUACUUGCGCUGCGCAUCUCCCGACCUGGUCACCUCUUUGCUGUGAUAACCUUGACAUCGAUGACUAUAUGGCAGGUCAAGCCUACAGUCAUUCUUGCCGUGGUUGUACGCUCCGAGUCGUCUCUGUCAACAUAUGGCGAGAAUGUCGACCUUUUACUGCGCCCAGACUCGGCCAUCUUCGUGGUUCGAACAACUCUGGGCUAUCUCAUCACCUACUCUCUAGCGACGGACUCUGAAGCCCAUGUAUACAAGCCUUACUUUCCAAGUUACGCAAAUAUCCAGCGACGUCGCCAAAACCAUCAUGGUGGGCCCGGAAGCACAGCUCCAGAUCAGUAUCUUUGGGGUCCUGGCGAAGGACAAGGGGUGCGUGAUGUGAGCGUCCGCUUCAGGAUGGUCAUCAAGGUUGAUGCCGGCAUAGAAAGCGCUUUGGCACUGGACGACGAACUGGUUGUGGCUACACGCAAACCAGCAGCUAUUCAGUGCAUACGCUGGACCCCAGACCAAAGCGGCAGUCAGACCAAGACAGAGAUUAUCAGUCGAAUGGGAUGGCUGGAGAAGAAGAUCACCAUUGUUGAGAUGACCCAUGAUCGACCUAUGAACCUGUCGACUUGGAUCACAAGUGACGGCAAAGUCUAUGCAGUCCAGCGUCUACAUCCACGCGACCAGUCUCAGGGAAAUUCUCAAGGAGCGGAUCCCAAGAAGCUGUUCAAGGGUUACUGUUUCCAUACACCGAUCAACCCGGAAGAAGCUGCCAGGAAAGCUGUCAUAAACGCAAGGUUCUCUUUGAUUGCUGUCGGGUGCGCAGAUGGCUGCAUCCGUGUGUAUUCCGCUCGAGAUUAUGCCGGGAACAUCCCGCCUUCGCACACGCACACUACUCCGGUGUCAACGAUAAUCUCCGGCUCGAUCACCACUCUGAGCUACUCCCCUGACGGUUACUGUCUAUUUGCCGGCUUUGAAAACGGCUGGGCUACCUGGAGCGUUUAUGGAAAGCCCGGCAGUCAUAGUUUUGGUGCGCACGAUGCGAUCAUUGAGGCCAACGGGGAGAACUGGGUCGCCGGCGUAGGGGAUGCCGUCUGGCUCGGGAGUGGCUCAGAGAUACUAAUUACACAUCAUCAACACGAGGCAAUUUGGGUACUGGAAAUGGCCAGGAGUGCAGUGGUCGGUAACUACAACGCGGCAAAUCUCAUGCGCACGGUAUUACAGACCAGCACGAAUGUCAUGAUAUAUCGCGGUUAUGAUCUGCCAGAUCUAGCGAGCAUAUCUGCAGAGCCUCAUUUGUGGCAUACGGCAAAAGUACCUCCAGCCUACCUUCUUCAGCAUUGGCCUAUUCGGCAUACCGUGAUUUCGCCAGAUGGGCGAUAUGUUGCUGUGGCUGGGCGCCGAGGUCUGGCCCACUACAGUGUCAACAGUGGCCGUUGGAAGACGUUCGCCAACGAGGCCAUGGAAAACGAAUUUCAGGUUAGAGGCAGCAUGUGUUGGUAUCAGCAUAUCCUUGUGGCCGCCGUAGAGGCCAACAAGUUGCAUGAACUUCGCCUCUACUCUAGGGAGACGGCCCUCGACAACUCUCAAGUGCUACACACCCAGCCGUUACCAGCACCGGUGGUUCUAGUGACCACAUCGGGGGAAGACUCCUUGCUGGUAUACACAUACGAGAAUCUUCUGUAUCAUUUUAUCUUCGCACCGACGGGCGGCUCGAUUAGGCUGGUUCAGCUUGGGCAAAUUGCGUUUCACGGCAUAGUGCGAUCACCCGCAAGAGUCCGUGGGCUGAGCUGGAUUCUGCCGGAUAGCCAACUCGUUGACGGUGAUCCGUCACAGGAUGUCGCUGUUGCAUCAGUCUUAUUCCUGGUUGAUGCCAAACUGGUACUGCUUCAACCAUCGUUUAACAGCGAAGGGAAUCUGAAGUAUGAUAUGAAGGUCAUCGCUCAAAACGUGGAGUUCCAUGUGAGCAUGAGAGAUCAGCCGCAUUUCGACGCAAUAGCUACGCAAGCAGAAGAGUCAUUGCCAAUGGGUGCAGACGUGACUCUGCGGAACUCCCUCUGGGCGUUCGAUGGCCAGGAAUUCAAGCUUUGGCCGGACAUACAAGAGGUGUUGCGAGCAGCAUCGACUGAGUCACAAAGGGAUCUACCUAGGACGAUAUCAGUUCCUCUGGACUUUUAUCCUCUUUCAACCCUUCUUAGUAAGGGUAUAAUUCUUGGGGUCGAAGCCGAUCUUGUACAGAGGCGGGAUAUCAGCUUUUCAUUUUUCCGCUUCGCCAUCAGGACCCAUCUGUUUUUGCCCGACAUUUUGCGUUUCUUUCUGUCCAAGGGCAAGGCUGUUGACGCCGUCAAGCUGUCGGAACAGUAUCAGAACUUGGAGUAUUUCGCGCAUGCGCUAGAAAUCUUGCUCCACAAGGUUCUCGACGACGAAGUGGAUUCUGGACCAAGCCCGGAGGAGGCAAUUCUACCCCGAGUUUUGUCACUGUUGUCUUCUUUUAAACAUUACUUGGACAUUGUGGUACAAUGCACAAGGAAGACAGAAGUGAGACAGUGGCGGACGCUUUUUGCUUACCUCCCACCGGUGCAAGAGCUGUUUGAAGAGUCACUCCAGCGAGGGUCUCUCAAGACUGCUGGUGGCUAUCUUAUCAUUCUCCACACACUUGAUGAGUUAGGGUCUGCCUCGGAGCAAACCGUGCGAUUGCUGUCCAGGGCGAUGAAAGAGGGUGAUUGGGAUUUGUGCAAGGAAUUGGCACGGUUCCUAGCGGCCAUGGACGAGACGGGCGACACACUACGCGAGGCCAUGGAGGGGGUGAACAUUACACUCAAGAGCAAUGAGGACCAAACUGGGAUAAUAAGUCGGCUUGAUGUGCCAAAUAGUAGAGGGGUGAAUGGCUUGGGCCUUAAAUACGCAGAACAGAGCGACGAAAUGGAGUCAGAAGGCCAGUCGGUUAGCGACGCUGCGAGCUUCAGUUCGGAAGGUCGCUAG